AUGGUCGACACGAGAUUGAGCUUUAAGCAACAUCUAGCAGCAGUUAAUAACAAAGCAGCGGCGGUAAUGGGCGCUCUCACAAAAAUACUACCGAAUAUAGGUGGUCCACAAGGGGAAAGAAGGAAAUUGUUAUCAACAGUCGUGGACUCAAUCAUACUCUACGCGGCACCGGUAUGGGCAGAAGCAAAGAACACUCACAUGCGUGAAGUGAUACUCACCGGUCAUGGCUGCUUUAUGGAAUAUCUCCACCGCUUUCAGCUGGCAGAAAGCCCAUUCUGCCCAAGCUGUCCUAAUGCAAUCGAAAGCGCGGAACAUGUGGCUUUUCAUUGUGAUCGCUUUGCACGCGAACGUGCAAUACUUGAAAGUGUUUUGGGACACUCAGCUAGUCCUAAUGACAUCGUACAGGACAUGUGCUCAUCCAGUGCUAAAUGGGUAGCGCUUCGAGGGUUUGCUGGAAAAAUUAUGCUACGACUCCAAUUCAUCGAAUGGGAGCGCAAGACCCAGCAACAGCAGCUACAGUUGCAAUUACGAAAUGGACAGAAUGACGACAAACACAGACACUUUAGUCAAUCGCUCACAAUAAUAUCAGACAGAAGACAAGACGAUAGUUCGUAA